AUGUUGAGUCCUAUUACUCCGAUCAAAUGGCUGGCCACCUUGGCCCCUUUCACGGCGGUAUUACCGAUUUUUUACAUCCUUUACCAAUUCCUCCUGCCGAAGCCCAUUCCUGGCAUUCCAUACAACAAACACGCCACAAAGAAUGUUUUCGGCGAUAUACCUGAGAUCAAGAAGGAAUCAAACGGUGAUUUGUUCGGCUGGAUCGCAGCCCAGUCCCGUCGCCACGGCAGUCCCAUCUUCCAAGUUUGGCUAGGUCCCUUCACGAAGCCUGCUGUAGUUGUCGCAGAUUUCCAAGAGGGUCAAGAUAUUCUUCUACGCCGAAAAGAGCUUGACAGGUCUAGCUUCAUGAGCAACGUUUUAGCCGGCGAGGCAAAGUCAUUCCACAUUACUUUGAAGACCGGGCCGCAAUGGAAGGCUCAACGCCGUUUACUUCAGGACUUGAUGACGCCAGCAUUUCUUCAUAGGGUUGCGGCCCCUAACAUUUAUAAAAGUGCUCUGCGGCUUCUGGAUCUUUGGAAGAGGAAGUCGCAGCUUGCUGACGGGAGCGCUUUUUCUGCAGAGCAUGAUGUCUUCUACGCUGCUCUCGACGCUGUGUUAGACUUCGGGUUCGGCGAUGCUGCUCCAAUGAGGACUCUUGUUCCUCAAAUUGAAUUGCUGGCGUCGAUGUCAGCUGCCGACGCUUGGGCCAAACAGAACCCAGAACUUGGCACUGGAGUGUUGGACUUUCCAGUUGCGCCUAUCCAUCCUGUCCUGGAGGCAACGCUACAGUCGGCAGAAAACCUUAGUGGCGUAGCACUUACUGGGUUUCCGAAGCUUGCAUGGUCAAUCAUUGGGCUUAGACCUAGUGUCCGUCGAGGAAGAGCGGUACGGGACGAGUUUCUCGUUGACCAGGUCCUCCAGGCGACAGAGAGAUUCAGAACUCAGACCCAGAAGAUUGACAGCGAGGACAAACAUGUCAAGUCUGCAAUUGACUUGAUGGUGCGAAGGCUGAACGGUGUUAUGGAGAAGGAAGGUCACCUCGUCCCCAACUGGGUUGAAACGAUGAGAGCUGAGUCUGCUGGCUUCGUUGUGGCUGGCCACGAUACGACGAGCACGACUCUCUGCUGGGGCAUCAAGUUUAUCGCGGAUGACCAAGAGGUUCAGCAAAAGCUCUUCGAGAGCAUUCGGAGCUUUCACUCAGCAGCGGUCACUGAGAGACGUCUUCCUACACAUUCUGAAAUUUGCGACGCGAACAUACCGUACCUGGACGCAGUUAUUCAGGAGAUGCUUCGACUUGCUCACACAGCAGUGAGUCAAGAUCGAGAGUGCAAAGAAGACACUGUCAUUCUGGGCCAUGUCAUUCCGAAGGGUACCACCGUUAUUGUCCCAAACAGGGGUCCAAGCUUUACUGAGCCCGGGUAUGAGAUUGACGAAGACCUGCGAAGCCCAUCUUCGAGAAAAGCAGCCACGGAUUUUGGAUCGAGAGUGUGGGACUGUCACGAGAUGGGCAAGUUCAAGCCGGACCGCUGGCUUGUACGUGAUGACAAGGGCGGUGAUGAAUAUAAUGCUUCUGCUGGACCCACCCUACCUUUCGGACUUGGACUCCGCGGUUGCUUCGGACGGAAGCUGGCAUACAUGGAAAUGAGACUGUUGAUCACCGUCUUGGUGUGGUCACUUGAGUUCCAAAAGUGCCCGGAAAACUUGUCGAGUUAUGGAAGUAUUACAAGUCUUACGCGAAAGCCUGUUCAGUGCUACGUGCGCUUGAAUAUUCGUUGA